UUUUUUUUGGAAAAGAAAAAUUAGGGAUAAAAUGUCCCUUCAGGUUGAUCCAUAUCGGUUUUCAGGAUGAUGGACCCAAUUCAAUUAUGUGUACUUAAACCAUUUGAUUUAAUGGAUGGAUGGAUAAAUGAAAGAGGUCUUAUUGUCUUACAUAUAAGUAUCCAACACCUAUCCUCCUUGCUUUUAAAUAUACUCUUUCUUCACCCUUAUGAUGGUAGGAAAUAGGAUAGAUCGAUGUUGAAUACUCAAAUGUAUUUUGACUGUCAUUGGUUGGUGAUGAAUGGGUGACAUCUCCAAAACGAUAAAAGGAAAGCAUGAUCAACCCCCUUUAGAUUAUUUGGUGUUUGUGGGUAGAAAACUACAGGCAUUGAUUUAUCUUUUUUCAUUUAUAGGAAAAUAGUGAGCUCGACAUGACGGUAAGAGUCCGUGGGUUGCAAAAUGAUGUUUAACUUUGACAAUCACAGGUAACCCUUGUACUAAUACAUCCAAUUGGUAUUAGGGGUUUUUUUUAGUGAAGUAAAUGUAUUAGGGUUUGGAUCAUGAUAGAAUGAACAUUAAUGAGGAGUGAAAUCCAUUACACAAGUUUUCUGUUUUAUCACACAUAUAUGGUAAUAGGGGGAAAAAAAAAAAAAAAAGAAUGCUAUUCGUCUGUGCUUUGUACACCUUGACAUAGAACACUAUGUCGGAGUCUUCGAGCCAGGGACGUCUUUUCAUAAUGUUUGUGUCUAAUUGUAGAGAAUGCAGACGGCUAACAUUCUUACUCAUUUGAGAAACCCUUUCCAUUUUUCCACUCCUUACUGUACAAAAUCUCACUUUCCAUGCAAUCAUCAUUUGCUACCUAAUGGAUGGGCAUGAAAUUCAUUGGAUUCACAUUGGGCAUGGUUGAGAUUCUCCAAGGAUGUCUUAUAUCAACCAGAAUUCCACUUAUUUUUGGCCCAUUCCAUAGACUGACCCUGCAGAAUCCCUUAAUGUGAAAUGCAUGUUCCAUUAUUGAUCACCUGUUCAGAGUCUUCAGACUGACUCAGAUCCACAAAUAUUAUUAACUUGAUGCUGACCUCCAAUACUUUUAACUCAGUACCAACCGCUAUAUCAAUUUCUUUCUUAUUUAUCAAAAUGAUUCCCAUUGAUUGACCUUCAAUCUGGCUCAAAGACUCCAGAAUAGUGGAGGACUAGUAUAGUUCAUGUGAACACAUCUGUAGUCCACAUUGUGAUAUGACCCCCAUAACUUCAUCCAAUGUGUUUCACUUUUCUCACCUCUGAAAAGAACCCACCCUUUUCCCUUUUUUUCCUUUCAGUGCUAGAUAGGUUCACAUAGUUGUCUGGUGAUGGCAUGGCACCCAAGUUGUCCUACUUAAACACAACCACUCUAAUGGAUGUUGACUAUGAGUUGCCUUACCAUUUCCUUGGUAGCUUCUUCUUCUUCUUCUUCUUCUUCUUCUUCUUCUACCAAAAGGCAUGGCAUCAGGAUCUUCUUCAUCUUUUGAGAAUUUCCAAUACAUUGCUGAUGACAACACUGAUACUAAAGAAAUGCAGGUUUCCGACGAUAUUUCGGCCUUUCUCGAGUCCUUAUUUGAAGAUUCACAAAUGAAUGAGGUUGAAGAUGAAAGGUUACAAUCCAUAAUUCGAUCUCUAGAGGUGGAGAUCACUCCCACACUAGAUGAUUCUAAGGACUUGGACUGUCAAUGUCCACAAGUUCUAUCAGAGGAUGGUAGUAAUUGGUUGGCUUCCGGGUCAUAUAUGUUCCCUACACAUGACUUUGAUUGGAUGGAUGUGGAGAUGGCUUCUUACUCAAGAGGCCAAGACAUGGGAAAAUGGUAUAUGGAGGAUUCAUGCACUGAUGAUCAGCUUGGUCGAAUGGAGGACUCAUACACUUGUUUGUGGCAAGAAACGUAUGAUUCUGUGUUCUACAAUAACCAGGGUGUGUUUAGCUACUCUUUUUAAAGGAUCAGGCCUGGCCUUCUAUUUAUCACUUGUGAUGGGAGAAGAACAAACAUAGAUGGACCUCCACUUCCCAAUCUCAUAAUUAAGUAGAUAUGGACUGCUGUCGAGUUCGAUUUCAGAUAUAAAAUUAAUCAUCUUCAUGCCUCAAA